AUGUUGAAGUCCACUGGUAACUGCAACGGCAAGGAUCAUGCUGAGCCAGAGGGUUCGAAGCAUGAGAGUAAUGAAGAGAAUAUGUUCUCAUUGGAGAUGAUGGUGGCGGCACUGCGUCUGGUUGCUGAACAGUGCGCUACUGAACGCAGCAAGCGCCACCAGCAAGAGCAGGAGGAUCGACCUCCACCACAUGUGAUGCUUCUGGUCCUGGUCUCCGUGGAGUUGAGCAGCAGCAGCCCACAUGCACAUGAGGCUGAAUACGCUGGCUUCCACUAUUCUGAUGCCGAGGAGAGGCCUGAGCGCAUUCGUGAUGAGGCCGGGCCCGUAGUGACUGUAGAGCAGCCGCCUUCGACGCGCUGGUACUGUAUUGUCCGUGGCCAUGCAGUCAGAGUGUUUGCCAGAUGGCCGAACACAUCUCCUCUUGUCACCAACAUGCCGGGAUCCCUCUUCCAGAGAUACCCUACCUUCAAUGCUGCCCUCAGUGCCUUCAUGGAGGCUUCUACAAAUGGCCAUGUUGCCGUCAUCUUCGUCUGA